AAUAACAAUCAGACAGUCGUCAAAAGUAUUUCAAAAUUUGUAAUAUUGUUAGGCGGACCCUUUUCAAUCGUAAUGUUUCAUCAGUGUAGUAAUUAAUAUGUUCCAACUGUAGUAGUUCUUGAAUUCUACAUUACAAGUUUUGCGUCCUGUAUCUUUUAAGCAAAAAUGACGAAAUACCUGCAAAUUGCAUUGAAGUAGCGCAACAUCCAGUUGGACGUUCUGUCGCGCCAAAUCGAGACAGUGCACCCAACGCACUUUCCAGUUACCAUCUGUGUGUACUUUAAAUCAUGGUGCGAUCAUACCCUGUCGUCCGCCUGAAGCUCUAUAAUCUUAUCGCUAUCACGUUAUGCUCAUUAUGCUGUCUGUCAGGCGUGGGAGGGUUAUCCUGUUACCAGUGCAAUUAUCCCAAGCAGGCAGAAAAAUGUGCUACCGAAAACGCUGGUGCCGUUGAACAAUGCAAAAAUACCGCCGCGCAGACAUGUAUGGUUUUGGCUGGUCUGCGCUAUAUUAACGAGACAAAACGAUGGGACCUGGUUAUGGAACGGCGAUGUCCCGCUAGCGAAGAAAUCGACAAAGAUGAUAAAGAAUUCAAGAAAAUGGCCAAAGGCAGCAAGAUCCUGUGUGUAAAACACAAGCGCGCAAUAGAAAGCAGUGUCUUCGGGCAGGACAUUGUUGAUACACGCUGCGUCUGUGCCGAAGAGAAAUGCAACGGCCCUUCUUAUGAUGACAUCAUGAACCAACCUUUUUUAUACGCAGGUUAUACGGACAAAGAUGCUCCGGAAAAGCCGGAAAAGGGUCUGUAUUCCCUGGCCAAAGUGAAAAGCAUUUUUAAUUUGACGAGCAGCAGCAGUACGGACGAAAACGUUGUUACGCCGCAUCCGAGCAGCGGGAAGGAAGUAGAAAGUAUAUCAACGACUGCCACCAAUGACUCGUCUACGGUUGACACACUACCGGCCAAUUCAAAACCAACAGAAUCCGGCGGGAGUAAUACUGGAAUAAUUAUUGGAAUCGCCGUUGGAGUGGUGAUUCUCGCCGCGUUAAUCGCAGGCGCCGUAUGGUACUGGCGCAAAGGUCAAUUCCGGAAAGACAGCGGUCCCAGUGGAGCGAGUGGCAAUAGCGCCCGAACAAGCGCGGCGAGUGAAGAGGAUGAAGACUAGCGCGUUUGACUUUCCCUGCACCAGAAAACGCAGCUUUUUAAGACUGGGAAGAAAGGCGUCUGACAUUUUAAAACAGGCCGAGUCCGGGUGAGAUGCAUGUCAUAAUCGGACUAUAAAUCGGUGACGGUCGCUUGCAAGGUAUUUCAACAUGCAAUUUCAUAGCCAUGAGCGAAGCCGUAACCUCCCGGUGCCGGACAUUUGUUGGAUCCCAGACAAACGGACUGCGCCACGAACUGCCGUUGGCAAAAAUGUUCCCAGAUCUAAACGCUUGCAUUUUCAGCAAGCUUGUGAUUAAAAGAUAGUUUCGAUGGAUUGUGAUUUGUGGGCAAGUGAGUGUAAACGUAGUGUGCUGGUUGAAAAGUGUGUUAGCCGAAGUGCAGCAUGGCUGAAAAGCCUGAAAUUAAUGCCACCCAGUAGUGAACGGCGGUCCAACAAGUUUGAUUCCAUUGAGCAAAGCUGAAAAGAAAACGUCCGGACUGCUUCAGGAUCCUGGAUCUGCGAUCGGCGUCUCCGGUGGUCAGUCAUCCUACAGAGGGCCGCUUGCGCCUGUAUGCUGGUGGCGGCAUUUGCCCGGAAACAGUAUUUAUCCAGUUCUGUUGACUUCGAACAGCAUGGACCAGUUACCUUUCCUCAAAGUUUUCCUUUAUAUUUGCAUUAUGUGCGGUUUAAGCGGGAGAAGAAGCCGGUGGAAUUUAGAUUUGUGGAUUACUUGAGUGUCUUGUCAGCGGUGCAACGGCUGCAACCUAAUGUGAUUAUGGUGCACGGCGAUGAGGAACCAACCGGAAAAUAUUGGAACUUAUCAAAGGAAAACCACCGCGUCCAGUUCCGCAAAAUACAGUCCGUCAAACAAACCGGAUGGUUGGACAACGCACCCCGCGACAUCCACGUCCUAGAGCACCGUGCCGAUAUCGCCAAACUGGACGCUUUGCUCCAGUACGGCGGAGUGGCCGCUGAUUUCGAUGUGUACUUCCUCCGCGGUCAACGUCUACGCCAACUAAUACGCGCCGGGCGUUUCAUUACCUGUUACGGCAAUAAAGAAGGCUACAACAUGGGUCUCCUAGCCGGGCCGGCCACUUCCAAGAUCCUGUGGGCGUGGCGCCGUAGCUAUACCGACAUCUACACACCCGACUGGAAUUUCAACUCCGGGUUCGUCCCGAAAUUCCUCAGCUAUUUGUAUCCACAGGAAGCGUACGUCCUGAAUAAUACGUGUAAUAAUCCCCAUCCGUUUCGUCUGUAUCCGUUUUUUCACGAACCGGACGCGAUUCGCUGGGAGAAUUCCAUGGCGAUCCAUGCGUACAACCGGUUCAGUUACGAUCCGAUUGAAUCGCCGGAGGACCUGGUCAACGGGAAUCUGACGAGCUAUCGGGAGAUUUUGCUGACGAUCUGGGAGAAUCGCACCCUGCCGCCCGUCGAUGCAGGUUAUAAUGACGAAAUUCAGUUGGUUCGUGAUUUUGAACCGUAG